AACAAUCAACCGUGCGCCAUCUUUAUUGCGUGGGACGUGCCCGGCUGUCUAGCUGUGGGGAAGUCGGUGAAAUUCGCAAAGAGGUUAUCAGCUUGCGGGAUCGGGCUGGCAGCACUGCUGCCACAGGAAGAGGACCCCGCGUGACCAGAGGUUUACGACCUGCUGAACUUCUCGCCGCUAAUGAGUCAACCCCAACAAUGGCAGCUGUCAACGAUGACGACGCCGCCAUCUUGGAUGCGCGAACCAACACUAGUCGACCGGCGGUCAUGUACAGUAGUCAUAGCAAUAGCACUAGUUCCGUAAGCCUACUAGGAUUAGCGAGCCGCCGGCUGCGAUGGGUAGUGGCCGCGGUGACCCUGUGCACAGUAUUGUCCCGGGUGGACGCCGUUUGCGAGCCGGACCGCUGGUGGAACCCGGAGCGGUCCGAGUGCGUGCCCUGCCGGGUGUGCGACGAGCAGCAGCUGGUGAUGCGACCCUGCCAGGAGUACAUGGACACCGUGUGCGGCACCAUGAAGGACCUGGACAUGGACCUGGCGCAGUUGGCGCGACCAGAGGAGAGCGGAGCGGACCAGCAGCGGCACUGGAAGGAGGAACGCCGGAAAGACGCCGCCCAUCAUCGCUUCCACAAUGGCCGCGACCAGCGGCACCAACAGCAGCACUCCCAGGGCCCGUCCAGGCCGGAGAACACCGCCGACAUCAUGUGGGACUGGCAGGCGGCGUCCCUGCUGCUGGCCAUCAUCGGCUGUCUGUUGUUCUUCUUCGCGGCGGCCAUCAUCGCGCUCAACCAAACGCGCCAGUGGAAACGCAUCGAGAAGCACUUUGACGCCGACAUGGAAGCGCUGUCGGCGCAGCUGAUGAACCAUCUGUCCAGCAUGCAGCAGCUCGAGAACGGGUCCAUCUUUCUGGACGAUGUGAUCGGGCCGGAGCGGUUUCGUUCCGGCGGUGGUGGGUCCACCAGCAGCACCAGUGGCCUGCUUGGCAACAGUGGCGUUCACCACCAUCACCACCACCACCCGAUCGAGGUGCGCUGCGUCUACUUGGAUCAGCUGUUAGAUGGCAAAGGCUGCACCAAACAGCAGGGCCCCGGCAACCUGUACAUCGAGGAGCACCAGGGGGGAGGAGCAGCCCCGCCCGGGAACAAUGGCCCGUCGGCCGGAAGUGCAACCACGCUGACGACGGCCGGCCGAAUGUACUAAACGCAAUGAGGAAGAGUCAGCUUACUUUUUUGAGGUUAUUUGACGUGUCAAAUCGCCUUCGCUCUCUGUUGUCAAUUCAGUGCGUAGAAAUUGUAGGGUUUUAAGAAGAGGGGUCUUUUUCAACUGUACAAAUCAUGCUUCCUGGGAGGGAAAUUUCGAUAUAUUCUGUUUUUUAUCUAGUUUUUAGCAAACUGAACAAAAGUAUUGCAUCAACUACCUGUCGAAGUCAGUCGAAUCACAUUUUAAGCACCAGUUUGUAGACUUAUUCAAGAUGUAGCAGCCUUCUAGGAAGUGCCUUGCUUAGUAACUACUCACGAAUAAACCAUGACAGAAAGAAAUGAAUAUAUUUUACCCUUUAGAAGAGUAGAACCGCACUAACUUUUCAAGCCUUAAGUGUAAAUAUAACCUUGAAGUUAAUCUAGUAGGCAGGGAGAAAGUUUGAGACUCUUCUUGAAAAGAAGAGCUUGUCAAAUGUCAACGUAGUGGAACGUCCAAAACUUACGUAGCGAUCAUCUAAAAAAAUAAAAAUAAAUCACCGGAAAAUUUCCUAAAAUUAGAAAGUAAACCUGCAGCGCCAAAUUCCAGCGUGAGUCAAUUACAAAUCGUGUAGGAAUUCGAACAACACUGUUUCGAUUGUGGACGGUAAAGGGCACGCGUCCAAAACGCAUCGCUUGCAAAACGAAAAAUAAAACUUCAACCUCAAGCCAGCUUUCUGCGCCGCUUUGUAUAA